GCGAUGAUUUUCACUUGAUUUAAACCCAUCAUUUGGCUGAAUUAUAAUUUAUUUGUACUUUUUAACUCAAGUGGAAAUGAGACAAAAAUGUACUAUGAAACACUCUCGGUAAACUAAAGUAAAUAAUGUAUAAUUUAUAUUUGUUGUUGAAACUGCAUUUUGACAGUUCUAAAUUCUGUUAAUUAUGUAUGAUUCUUAUUAUUAAGUGCAAUGGGGUUACUGUUUGAAAGCACCUUACUUGAAGUAUUAUGUAUCCUCUUUCUUUUAUGCUGGGUCUUUUACUCCAAUGUGACCCAAAAAUACUCAUAUUGGAGGGAUAGAGGGGUUCCACAUAUUACACCUAAGUUUCCUUUUGGAACAAUGAAAGAUAUAUUCUUGGGGAGGAAACACUUUGGUGAAAUAUAUGACGAAUUUUAUAAACAGUUUAAAGGUGAACGUUACUUUGGCACUUUCUCAAUGAGAAAGCCAACUUUUGUUCCAAGGGAUCCGGAACUUAUAAAAAAUAUAUUGACCAAAGACUUUCACCAUUUCUCUGACAGACUUGAGAUAAACAUAAAUAAAAAAAAGGAUUACAUUCAUCUUCACCUGUUCAAUAUGUCGGGUCCGGAAUGGAAAAAGAUGAGAAUGAAAUUAACUCCAACUUUUACGUCCGGGAAAAUGAAAACCAUGUUUCUGCUGAUGUCAAAAUGCAGCGAACAAUUAAAGGAAUUUGUGGAUCAGGAGAUCAAGUACACUUCAGUUCUUGAUGUGAAAGAAGCUCUUGCACGGUUCACCAUGGACAUUAUAGCAACUUGUGCAUUUGGAUUGGAUAUUAACUCACUGACUGACAAAGAUUGUGAGUUUUACCGUAUCGGUAUAAAAGUAUUUCAGCCUACCACACUCGGAAUUAUAUUACAAACUAUUGUGUCUUUCCUGCCCUUUAUGGGGAAAAUAAUUUCAAUGAGAAUGGCCUCUCCAGAUGUAUCUGAAUUUCUAACUAGGAUCGUCAGGGAAACAGUUGAAUACAGAGAGAAAAACAAUAUUGUUAGAAAUGACUUUUUGGAUCUAUUAAUUAGAAUCCGGCAGAACAAAAGUUUGCUUGAUGAUGAUGAAAAAUUGAAUGGGCACUCAGAUACAGAGAAGAAAAAGAGUGGUGGAAAAGAAGGAUUGACCAUUGAAGAGAUUACUGCUCAGUCAUUUAUCUUUUUCGCUGCUGGGUUCGAAACUGCUUCCUCCACAAUGUCUUUCUGCCUGUACGAGCUUGCCUGUAACCCAGAGAUCCAAGUUAAGCUUCAUCAAGAAAUCAAGGAGGUUUUGGCUAAACAUGGAGGAAAACUCACGUAUCAGGCUCUGCAGGAGAUGCCUUACAUGGAUAAAGUCAUUAAUGAAACACUAAGGCGUUAUGCUUCACUCGCUAUUUUGACCCGUCUUUGCAUUGAGCCUUAUAAAGUACCGGAUUCUGAUUUAGUCCUGGAAAAGGGACAGAGAAUUACAAUUCCAACCUACGCCAUCCACCACGACCCUGAGUACUACCCUGAGCCCUAUAAGUUUGACCCAGAGAGAUUCUCAGCUGAAAAAGUGAGAGAAAGACACCCGUACGUCCACCUACCUUUCGGAGAGGGCCCUCGUAUGUGUAUUGGUAUGAGGUUUGGGCUGUUGCAAACCAAGAUUGGUCUGACUGAAAUGCUCUCCAAUUUCGAGUUUGGACUCUCACCAGAGACACAAAUCCCAAUCGCGAUACACAAACGUGCGUUUGUAACUCAGCCAGACAAGCCUAUCCUGUUGUCUCUUACCAAGAGGAAGUAGAGACAAGCUAUAUUAUAAAUAAAUAAGUAAAAGUAUUUAUUAUUAAUUUA